GAUAUUUAACUUGGGAAAGAGGGGAGUUCUCCUCCAGACGCGCUCAUUCUCCUCUGUCCCAGAUCAGGACCAGGCGAGUUUUUCGGAUGUCUCCGCGGAGGAGUAUUUCUGACACAGCGGGGAUAUGAACGCAACGCGGCUGGAGAACAUGCAGAAGACUUUCGUAGGAACGAUUGGCGCAAACGUGUAGAGGAGCCUGAUUUUAUUCCGUACUGAUCCCGAACAUGUUCUAGACGCGUUUGAGGCUCCGAUCGUGGAGUUCUGCUGAGUCUGUGGAGAGAUAGAGCUGCUCUCGUCCCGGUUCAACAGCGCUGGUUCGGCGGGACGCACUGGAGCCUGUGCACUCAGAGAGAGAGAGAGAGAGAGAGAGAGAGAGAGAGAGAGGAGUGCGUAAAAAUAACAUUGGCUAAGACGCGCUCCAUUCCGCGGGUGCGCUGACAUUUCAAGCGCCAGUUUGGGUAUUUGACAGAAUCCGAGCAGUCUUUGGAAACGGUGCCAUCCCAUCCUACCCCGUUGCCAUGGUGACCCGUCGAAAAGUCCGAUGAGGAUACGGUUUUGCAGCGCUCUUGGCACGCCUCACCUGAGCAAGUAUUCCUGAAAACAGACAGCCUAUGUCCCAUGUCAUCCCGGGCCACGCGGCCGUCUAUUAAAAGAUCUCGCUAUUUAUGCGCGGGUGUGUGAGGGCGCAGUGAGGGCCAACUCCACUCCGCAGACAGACAGAAGACGAGUCAUGGGUAGCAUCACCCGCGCUUUGCCGCUGCUGCUGCUGCUACUGUGCGCGCAAGGCGCCGCCGGCCAGCACUACCUGCGACUGAGGCCCUCGCCCAGCGAGCAUCUGCCGGUCCCCGACCUUAAAGAGGACCCCGAUACGGAGCACGAUCCGCGCGAGCAGGACCUCUCGGAGAAGACGCUGCGCAAGAAGCUAGGCAGCAACUUCGACCCCAGCUUCAUGUCCAUCCACCUGCCCACGCAGCUGAACGCCAGCGCGCCACCGGAGCUGCCGCGCUUGCCCAUGCCCGCCGACCUCAAGAAGCUGAACCUGACGGAGACGCCGUACGGCAGGCGCGUCAAGUUGGGCAAGAAGGCGCGGCGGAAGUUCCUGCAGUGGCUGUGGAUGUACACGCACUGUCCGGUGCUGUACACCUGGAAGGACCUGGGCGUGCGUUUCUGGCCGCGCUACAUCAAGGAGGGCAACUGCUUCAGCGAGCGCUCCUGCUCCUUCCCCGAGGGCAUGUCAUGCAAGCCGGUCAAAUCGGUGACCAAGACCCUCCUGCGGUGGUACUGCCAGGGCUUCCUGCGGCAGAAGUAUUGCACGUGGAUAUCGGUGCAGUACCCCAUCAUCUCCGAGUGCAAAUGCUCCUGCUGAGCAGAGAGAGAGGGGGGCUAACGAUUGGGAAUGAUUGCACUGUUUACCCACGGAUAGAGACGUGUGGCGCCACAUAGCGAAUCUAUUUUUUUAUACAUACAUACACACACACACACACACACACACACACACAUAUAUAUAUAUAUAUAUAUAUAUAUAUAUAGCUUUUAAAUUCAAAAUAAACGACAGCAUAUGUACAUAUUUAAGUGAGAAGACGAAGAAUGCAGCUAUUUUUGUUGUUGUUAAAGGAUCAGGACCAUGUUCUCACGAGGAGCACUUCGGCUCGUGGUUAUUUUUAUGAAAUUAUUGCCAAGACGCAAGAGAAAGAAGUUCACUUUCCUCAUUCGAACUCUAUUUAUAGAGACUGAAGAACACUAUGCCUAGAGGUUUUGUACAAAUAUUAAUAUCAAUAAUGAUGAUGAUGAUUUAAAAAAAGGCUGGGCUGAAAUUUAUACACGUGAACUCAGCUUUUUUUCUUUUGAAAAUUAUAUAGUAUUUUAGUAAUAAAAAAGCACAUGUUUUAUUUAUUGUUUUAACGGUUGUGAGUAUAGAUAAAGAGAAAAUAAUAGAAUAUAGCAGAAAUUCUACUUGAAAAGUUCUAAAAAUGAAUUUAAGAAAAUAUUAAUAAUAAUAAUAAACAUGUCCGUGUAAAUGCCAUGGUUUUAGCAAUAAAAUCUGUUAAACUUGGACCGAAGGAUCCGAGAAAUAUGUC